GGAAAACGUUUGUGUCGUGGCUCUGACGUCACCGACGAUUAACGUUUCUUACUGGUCGCGAAUUCCCCAGCGCAAGAGCUGGUUAUUUGGACUAGAGGAGAGUUGAUGUUGACAAAGUAGGAGAGAGCGAAGACCCCACACGUCUGCCUCGUCUCCUUAUUUCUAACUCGGGAGCGCAAAGCAUGUCAGCGCCGCACGUCUCUUCACGGGUGCUGCAUGCGCUCUGAGGGAAGUGUUGGUGCUUGCUUUGGCCAGACAAACCCUUCCCUGAUUCCGGAGAUGCAAUGAUGGAUAGCCGGAUCGUCGAGCAUCCUCAUGCCCAGUUUGGAGGUUCUUUGGGAGGCAUGGUUGGAAUGGGUUUCCCCUACCACCUCGGUCACCAUCAUGUUUACGAUAUUUCCGUACACCAGCUACAGUCGGCGGCAGCUAUACCUUUUUCUAUAGACGGAUUACUCAACGGACCAUGCUCUGCAUCUGUUGCAAACUCCAACCCAUUGCUCGGAUCUGGUUGUGUUGUAAACGGGGAUAGUCAGUAUAAACUCAGCGACUCUGUGGUCCUAGAUUCCGGAGACCCCGACAAGGAAAGUCCUGGUUGUAAACGGAGGCGAACGCGUACAAAUUUCACGGGCUGGCAGCUGGAGGAACUAGAAAAAGCAUUCAACGAAAGCCAUUAUCCAGACGUGUUCAUGCGCGAGGCUCUCGCGCUACGUCUAGACCUUGUUGAAUCACGUGUUCAGGUGUGGUUUCAAAACCGGCGAGCUAAAUGGCGCAAAAAGGAGAACACGAAGAAAGGGCCCGGUCGACCGGCUCACAACUCUCACCUCACUACCUGCAGCGGCGAACCGAUGGACCCAGAGGAGAUCGCACGACGGGAGUUGGAGCGCUUGGAAAAGAAGAAAAGAAAACAGGAACGCAGGCUACUGAGAUCUCAGAACAAGCUCUUAGCAGGUGAGCUCUUCCACACGCCCGGAUCUGACAGUGACAGUGGAGUAUCGCAGAGCACAGAUAGCGAGUCCACUCCGCACACUGUGCCUCGGUCUAGCGCGCACCGACAGCAAACAGACCAUAUAUGUGAUCAACAUCCACACCACCAAAGAACCGGUGCAGUCAACGAGAUCCAUGAAGAAACCAUGGACUCCGUGCGGAACUCUGCUCUGUGCCCCCCGAGCGGCAUCACACGCGCCUCCACGCUCCAGAAACUCAGCCCAUUUAGUGUGGAGAGUUUACUAGCCGACUCAAGUCCCAGGAGAAAAACUCUCCUGGAUUUUUCUCAGCUACCGCCGCAGCGACCACUGGUCGGUAAAGGCCAUUUCCUUCUGUAUCCCAUUACCCAGCCGCUGGGUUUCAUUGUGCCACAGACAGCGAUGAAACCGAAUCAAGAUUCAGGCAACUCGGGUCACAACUGUUCCACGACAGACACCUCAACCUCAAACCAGAAAAAUAUCAAUCACUUGUGCAAGGACAUCGGUGCCACAGACGACGAGCUGCAAAGAGAAAACAAGUUCUCUUCCAUUCAAACUUCAAACACAAGCUCAGAGAAAUGUUAUGCAGAAUCGAAUUCGCCACAAAAUGAUUUUGAAAAUGACUCUGAGUCCACUGUCACAAACUCGAGCCAGCAAGAAAGCAUCUCUCAUAAGCUGUCUGAAAAUUCGUACACGAAAGCCCGGAGUUCUGCAGACACAAAUACAGAUGGAGAGGAUGUUGACAUGGACUGACAUAAAAAUAGGAAAGAAGCAGUGGCGACCGUGACUUGUCACAAUCCCAAAGCUGAUAACGACACGCUUUUUAUACAAUAAUGUUUUAAUUCAUUUUUAUAUAGUUUUCAUAAACGGAUAUUCUUUUUUCAGGAGAACUAUCGGGUUUUGGCUUAAAUCGGCGAACUUGAAGGAACAAGUUCUAUGUGUUCAUACAAGAACACAUAAUCAAAUGUUGUCCUAUAAACGAAAAAGUAUCGGAAAUAUUUAUAUAUGUAACGUUUUGAUAAUUAUUAAUAAUAAGAAUAAUAAAAUAUUGUGAAAGAAAAGA